UCCACAUUUGACUGCACCCAGAGAAGGUCAAGCAGCCUUCAAGCAGUGAAUCAAUGAAUGGCAUCAAUUCUAGUUCAUUAUUCUACUGGAAAUUUAUCAUGUCAGUGAAUUCAGUGUGAUUUGUGCAUGCAGAUGACAGUGAGCAAAAUGAAUUUGCUGUCAAGUGAAGUGGUACAUUUUUGACACAGUAGUAAUUUAUUCCUGAAGUCUGUGGUUGUGGGUAGGUUUCUUUGUCACUAGACUUUCUGUUUUUGUAGUUUAGCAUUUUUGCACUUUGGGUUCUUCAGCCAAUCUGUCUCCUUCCUUAAGAUUAUGCACAACAAUGUUGUGGAAUGCCAGCCUGCCUACUCAACAAUGAAGAGACUCCAGAAAAAUAUAUAUCUAGAGAAAAAUAUAUAUAAAAACUUGUUUUGUAUUCCAUCAGAUUAUAUCUGAGGGGUAUUUCCUGUUUAAGAUUGCACCAACCUGUUAUAAUUAUUUUAUUACACCUUGACUUCCAUUCAUUUGUACCUGUGACUAUUUAGGCCCUGAAUCAGGAAAGCACUUAAGAACAUAAUUAACUGUAAGCAUGUGCUCGGGUCUCAUUGCCCAGGCUCAUAUUCCUUAAAUUUAGAGUCCAUAUCUUUGGGUGUUACAGUUUGCAAAGUUACUAUCAAAUAUUGAAUUUUACAUAUUGCCAUCUGUUUUCAGUGUAAGAUCAGAAGAAAAACCCCAGAAUGCUGUAUAUACUUUUCAAAUCAAUUCAACUGGGGCUAACUACUGUAAAAUAAUGUCAUUGAAUUCCUUAUUACAUAUCUUACAUCUUUUUUCUUUUCUUUUUUCUCAUUUUCUUUUGAUCUUAUUUUAUAGUUUUUGUUCCUUUUUUUGUUUUUCUCACUAGCAUUCAUUGUGUGGCCUUGAUGACACUCCUGAGCCAAGAAAUGUGGAUAUUAAAAGAGCCUAUGGAGUGAACAACUGAAUCCAUGUGCAAAAACCAGAAAAUAAUUAUUUGAGCAGCUCUAAAUUGGAGCAUUUUUGUCAUAAAACAGUUUGCCUAAUACUUCAAGCUGCAAGAUAUAUGAAUUAAAAUUAGGAAUUUUGUAAAGAUAUAGUUUCAAACUGGAUUGAUUUGAUAAUCAGAUAAGGACCAGCACACCAUGAACACUAAGAAAAUCUAUACAGAAUUUACAAAAAAGAAUCAAACACUGGGAAAAAAUAUCAAGUGCAAUUACUGACUGCUUUAUGAACUAUUAUCUACCAAAUGGUUUUAUUAUAAUACCAUGUCCUUAUAAUACCAUGUCCUUUGUAUCUCCAUAUUGCAUGCUUUCAGCAAAGGUGGUUUGUAUUUCACAGAAGAACUACAGAAGCUCCUUUUUAAAAUAUAUAUAUAAAAGUUAAAUGCUGACAGUAAAUGCCAUAGUAAAUAUCUGAAGGGGGAAAAACUGUACAAAAUUGGAAAAAAAGAUUUAGAAACACGCUGGUAAAAUUCAUACUAAAUUGUUAGACUCUGAAACCACACAAAUAGGAAAGAGAGGAAAUAACUGUUUAGUGAAAGCAACCCAAUAGGUGAAGUGGAGUUCUCAGAAAUUAGUGGUUGUCUAUGAGACAUAGAGAGGUAAACUUGCAGCAAGAGAAGGAGCUAGACUUGUUGGAUUAAGUAAAACUGUGGGGAGGAUAGGAGUUGCAUCAGAGAAUCAAAUCUUUGAAUGCUAUUUGAAAAUUAAAGCAAUCACUUAGAAGGAUUUUAUUGGAAGAAUGAAUGAUCUUGAGAUGAAAUGGAAGCUCAGGAAAGCACAACAUAUGACUCUGCAGAGCAUACAGUACACCACAGUCAAUUAUGUCUUAAAGCAUGAAGAGAAGAUUGACCUAAAAUUUCAACAUAGGAACAGGCAAGUAGAGGAACAUGAUGGUAAAAGAAAUAUCUGAAAGGGAAUACAAAGAGAAACACAAUAGGCUCCUGGGGGAAAUAAAGGAAAAGUGUAAUUACAUUAACCACAAAGAAAUAAACAUGACACUACCCCAACCAAUAGAGUUAAAUAAACACAAAUGUUGACACUGACCAUUUGAACUAGCAGACAAAAUGAAAUUACAGAUUAAAAAUAAUCAGAUAUGGGGAAAGUUGUUAACGGUGGACAGUGAUUAGAAUGCCAACAGAGAUCCUAUUGUCAAAGGAAGGACAAUAAAUUAUAGUGCAUUAUUUCAGAUCUGGAAAGACAAUAUCAAGAAAUAGAGGUAGUUCUCAUAGUUUCUAGCACUUUAGAGGCAGUAUGAAAAUGAUAAUGACAAAAAAAACUGACGGAAAGGUAUAUGAUGGGAGCUGAAUACUGGAUGUGAAAGAGGACUAGAAGUCUCAGAGUAGGAGGAUCCACCUAGAUAUUGGUUGGGCUAUGAAAUAAAAGGAACAUAGACUUCAAAUAAAAAUAUCAGUCAGGAUUAGCUGCUGAAGAAAUGUUGAGACUCCAAGAGGCUAACUCGCUGUUAUGCAAGAAAAGCUGGUUUAUGUGGGGAGGUAAACAGAAGGAAAAUGAUUUGUUCUAAUGACACAAAGCACAAUUGAAUUUAUAUAGAAUCAAGCAAGUCAAAGGCAUGAUCCAAUAGGCUGGAAAAUUCUGACCCCCUACAGAGUGCAUGAAUCAAAUAGAAAAUGGAGUGUUUAGAGAACUUGUCUUUUUAAACGAUAGAGAAAUUUCAUAUCUAAUUAAAGACUUCAGCAGUGCAGUGAUGGAACUUGGAACGAAGACAUCUUCACUGCAAAAAGAAGUGUAGGCAUUAAAAAGGAAGGACAUAACUUGAGACGGUUGAAGAAAGCCAAUACCUAAAGCAGGUGAUGGGAAAGAAGCAAGGAGAGCACAACUGAAAAGUGCAUUUCACAUAGAAAAGAAACAGAAACUCUGCUUGUUUAUCACCAAUUUGGAAAUAAAACUAAAAGCACAAGAACAAAACUGUCACUCAGCAUUUGAUUCAGCAGUAAGUGCUCUGGAAGGACAGGAGAUGGUCUCAUUGCAAAGCAGCAAAAGUAUGGAACAGGAUUUAGAAGAUGUGCAAGGGAGUCUGAAGGGGCAGUAAACAGUGCUGAAGUGGAGAUGUUGAAUCUCAGAAUAAAACAGCUGGAAAAGUCAGAGCAAAAACUGAAAGACAUUUUAGAGGACUACACAAAGUCAAAUUCUGCACUAGGAAACAGAGCAAAGGAGCUGGAGCUGUCACAGAAGAAACUUUUUGAAACAGUUGACCAACUGAAUGCAAAGCUACAGCAGGUAGAAAAUGCAAACCUACGUGUUAAAGGGAAGCUCCGAAACCUUCAGGUGGAACUGACAGAUUUGGUUCAAAAACAAGAAAAGGCAGAAAGAAAACAAAAAGAAAAGCUAUGGCGACUUCAGGACCAAUUGAAGACAAAAGAGGAUGAAGUAAAGAGUCAGUCAGUAUAUUUCGAGCACUACAAACAAAAGCAGAAGCAGAAGACAGCAGUGUUGAGAGAACGGGAGUUGUCCCUUCAGGGUCAGGUGUCCAGGCUGGAAAAGGAAGUCCUAGAUCUCAAUGCCACUACAGCUUUUCUGUUCUCUGAGCUAGGAGAGGGCACUGUACAAUAUCUCCGAUGCAAACUGGAAGCAGUAUUCAAUGGAAUUCAGGGGUCUUUGCACUUAGAUGUGAAUAUAACUAAAAUAAAACCUCUCAUUGAAGAUGUGGAUCAUUACAUGAAAAGCCACAUACAGAUACUGCAGCAAAAUCUGAAAAGGUUACAGGAAAAAGAAGAAGGUAAUAAUAGAGAACAAGCAGACCUACUAACUAAACUUCAGCACUCCCAGGACAAUGAAGAUUUCCUGGAAAGGAAAUUAGAGGAAUCUUGCUGUCGUGUUUAUGAGCUGAAAUUGUCUGAAAUCAACCUUCAGGAACGAGUGGAGGAACUUAUGGAAGAAAACAUCACUUUAAAGGACAAACUGGGAGCAAAGUUACCAAAAGAAGCAGAAAAGGAGCUAUUGCCUGCAGGAAUGGAAAAUGGAGAAAAUAAAGCUGUCAGUGGUAACUGGAAUGGUGACCUGUUUUUCCAGGAUGAGCAGAUAAAUCUGAAGAGGGACGCGGUCUUGGAUCCAGCCAGAAACAAAGCUAGUCAAACUCCAUCUUUUCUACAACAUACCAAACGGUCUCAUACAACAGCAAAGAUAGCAUCAGAGUGUGGAUAUGGCUGGCUUAAUAAUGUGGAGGGGUUGCCAAAGGAACUUCUCAUACCAUUUUUGGAGCACAGCUCCAGUGCCUUGGUGGAAACUGGUGAAGAACACAGGAUAGCUGACACUGAACAGGUCAUACUCGGCACACAAAGAUCAGAUGGUGCUUCUCUGUUUGGAUGUACUCCAAGCCAGCUUAAAAACAGACAGCUAAUCUUAUCUUGCUCUGAGAGGCUAAGCAAUGAUGGGAGAAGUAAGGGGACCAAAGAAAAAGAAUAUUUCUUUCUCUUAAAGGAACAAGCUAUAAAUCAACCAGCUAAUCCUUCUCCUGUCUUCAAGGUUGCCACUUUGAUUGAGCCUCAGUUUGUCUUGCUAGAACCUGAAAUCCACAGGGUCCUAGCUGUCAGAUCAGAAUCUGUUUUCCCAGUGAACAAAAUGCUGAAUUUGAAUUACAGCCAGACAUAUCACAAUAACUUUUGUCUUUCUAAUGGCAUCUUGCAUGUUGUGAAAGGAGUUUCUUCUGGUAAAGAUUCUGAAGCUCUAAAGGAAAAGGUUGCUAACACUGAGACUGAAAUUUUCAAACUCCAGGUUGAAAAACAUUAUAUGGAAAAAUGUUUGCAAAAUAAAAAAGCUAUACAGAAAAGCACAGAUGAAAAGAAAAACCCAAAUAAAGAAAUAGGUGAUGAAAAAAAUCAAAAUGGUCCAGAGAAAUCUCAGCGAGAAGAAAAAAGGGACGAGAAAGCACAAAUCAGAACAAUAACUUGCAUUUCUGAAAAAGCCACCAAAGUUUUAAUUAAAAUUGCACAUGAUGAAACUGGGGAGCAAAAAGCAGAACCAAAAUUUCAUGCAGCAAGCAUUCCAGGUGACCAAAACAUGUCUGUCCUACACAAGGAAUUAGAGGUAUAUCCCCAAGAGAACUCUGAAUUUAAGGAUGAACAUGGAAAACAUUUAGCAAUCUGUACCUUUGAUGAAAUGAACAGAAGAUGCCUAGAAAAGAACAUUUUUGUGACAGAAGAGAAGGGUAAACAACCCAAGAAUCUAACUGACCAAAUAAAAGUGUGUCGACAAAAAAGUGUUGGACUGAAAGAAAAGAGAGAGCAAUGUUUGAAACUGUCUGAACGAGAAAUUGAGGAUAAGUCAUCAUGUAAACAAAUGAAUGAUCAGAUAAAAGAAUAUAAUAAAUGCUCUCAAAAACUGUCUGCACUGAAGGAAGAUAAAUAUAUGUAUCCACUGAAUAUAUUGUCUCCUGCACAAGAGAGAAAUUUAUACUUAAAUGAAGGGUUAGCACAAGAGGAAGAAUAUUUUGAACAUGUUCAUUAUCUAUCAGCAGCAGAAGAAAACAAUGGAUAUACCCUGAAAAUAGAUAAGUUAGAGAAGCUCAUGGAUAUAUAUUCUCAAAGAAUAUCUGCACUGAUGAAAGAGAAUGGGAGUUACUCACAGAAACUCCUCAUGUUACAGGAAGAGAAUGAUAGAUAUUAUCAGAAGAUGUGUGCACUAGAAGAGGAGAUAGAUGCAUAUUCUCAACACAUAUUAACAGUACAUGAAACUGAUAAUGACUCUUCCCAAAAGUUAUUAGCCAAGGAGGAAAUAUAUGGUAAAUGUUAUAACAGUAUUUCAAAAGAAAAGAAUUUUAGGUGCCCAGGAGCGAUUUGUGUUCUCUUGGGUGAGACUGAAAUCCUUUCCAAGAAUGUCUCUCACCUGGUUAAAGAGGAAGAUAGAAAUUCUGAAAAAGAAAUACCAGUGAUGGAAUCAAAUACAUUUCUCAAGAAAAUUGUAGCUCUUGAUGAAAAGAAGAUUAAAUAUUUCCAGCUGCUUUCUGGUCUCAAAGAGGAGAGAAAUAGCUUUUUCAGAGAAAUAGCUAAACUAUUACAAGACAAAGAAAAAUACAUAAAAAAAACUCAUGAACUGGAAGAAGAGAGAGAGAGAAAUUUACAGAUAAUAUCUCAACUAGAAGGAGAUAAAGAAACUUUAUUGGGAAGUUUGAGUGAGCUAAAAUGUGAACAAGACAAACACAUGACAAUGAUUUCUGAAUUGAAUGAGUGCAAAACCAAAUGCUACCAAACAAUUUCUGAUCUACAAGAGGAAAAACAUAUACUGAAAAAUGAUAUGGAUGGGGUCCAUAGGGAAAGUUCUGAACAGCUUCUAGAAUCUCAGAAAGUAAUUGAGAACAUUCUUCAAGAAAACAAUGAAUUGAAGGAAAUAAUGUCUGCUCUUGGAAUCAGUUAUGAAGACCUGAUAAAAGAUAAAAUUUCAGGAAUAGAGGGAAAGUUGCUAAGAUUGAAGCAAGAAAAUAAGAGUCUACCACAUAGAAUACAAGCAAAGGAAACAGAGGUGGCUUCUGGUAAAAUACAUACUAAAGGAAAAGUAAUUCAAGUUAUAGAACCCUCAAGCUAUCUCACUAGGAAAGAUAAAGACACCUGUUCAGAAGAGGAAAUUGGUAGCAUUAAAGGAUAUUGUCAAGUGGGAUGUUCUAAAAACACUGAGACUUCUAAAUGCCAUUUCAGUAAUGCUGGGAUAAGUGCAUUUUUGGGUGAUCAAAACAUUGCGAUCUCCAGGGUGCUCCAAAAGACUUCUCAGAGACUAGAGCUGGCAAAGUUAACCUUUGAAACGGAAGACAAAAUAUCAAGCAACAGUUUUUCUGAAUGUUGUGUUAAAGUGCUGGAGAAUAUGGAACUGCAACAAGAGUCUGCAAAGGGCAGCACAUCUGAAAGCAACAGUGCAAUGCAAGAACAACUGGAAAGGUCAAAGGAAGAACUAAAAGUACAACAAGGGGAAUUAGAAAAGGCCAAAAAAGAGGCUCAGAACUGGUACCGAGAACUUGGCUUUGUAGAAGCAAAAUAUGAAGAGGUCAGAACUCAGUUGACACAGGCACUCUCUGAAUUACAUCAACUUAAACAAGCAGAUGGUGGGAAAAGGCUUAGAAAGCAGUGCUGCCAGUUAAUGAAGGAAGUCCAAGAACUGAAAGGGGAUAGGAUAGCCAAUAAGGGAUUAGAACAGCAAGUGCUGACCUUAAAAUCCCAACUAAGGGACCAGACUGUAUUACAAAGUCAGUUUCAAGACUUGCAAAACCAAGUGGAAUGCCUUCAGGCUCAGCUGUAUGAAAAGACUGAGGAACUUCAGAAAAGAAAGACUGAAGCUGACCUGACAGUAGCUCCACUCAAGGCUAAGCUAUCUUGCCUUGUCCGGAAAUGCCAUGAAAGAAACAGCUUGAUUACCCAGCUGGUCAGGGAAUUUCACAGGCAUGGAAUUAUGGAUUCCAUUUUCAAUGAAGAGGCAAAGAAUUUAGUGAACGAUAUGGCGCUAGCAGAGUACACUACCACCUUUACAUCUGUUUGCAAUCGAGAGAGACGAUCCCCGCAAUUUGCAAUGCCUGAGAAGACAGCACACACACAAGCUUCACAGACUCUAAUGCCCACAGGGGAAGACAGUGAUUUGCAUCUGAGUGGGUCAUUGCAUUCUAGAACCUGCACUGCUACUGCUGACUUUCAUCUGUCACCAGAGCUGGCUCAAACUGUGCUUCCUGUUUUACUGCAUCCUGCUGGAGACACUUCACAGGUCAAUGGAUUGCCAAAUAAUCAUGGGACCUACCAGGCUGAAGUGAAUGAGAAGGCGAGGCCAAUUCCUGCAAGCUUUCUACCGAAGUCAGAUGACAUCUGCUGUGCUCACAUAACUCAAAACAAAUGCACUACUUCUCCUUUAAAAUUAACAUGCCCAGAGAGGAUCAUAGCUUUGCAUCGAGAGCUUAGACAAAACCAUCACAGUAAUUACCAGAUACCUUCAUUUGCCUCUUCCAAUUCAAAACUGAAGGCGGAUUGCAAUUUGUCCUCUGUCUGCCAUCCAUCCCAAGAUGUGACCUCCCAGUCUGUAGUGUCAAAAAUGAACAAUUCACUGAAACUUUCAGACAGGAGCUCUUUUCAUCUCAUAAAUGGGAGGGAUCAGUUGUCUAAAUUUGAUGACGUAUUCCACAGUCAUACAGGAAAUCAGCAUGCAGGUGCUGUUCUCCAGGGAAGGAGAAAGAAAAAUGUCAUUAUGAAUAACACAUGGAUCUUGGGAGAAAAACCAGAUGGCUCAACCUCAGCUACCACAGCAAAAAGCUAUUUGUCAGAUGUGUUGUCAGCAAGUAAUAAAGGUCAAAAUCCUACUGGGGAGAAAUCAGCUGCACUGGAAAGAGUAAAAGCCUCAGAAAUAAAACAAGGACCUCCUGCUCCAGUUGGUUCGGUCUAUAUUAUUAAAGCAGUGGGAAAAAGCAACAUGAUGAUUGGCUGGGAGAGACCGGUAGUAGAUGAAUUAGGAUGUAGUAAUGGAACUUUCAUUACAGGAUACAGGAUAUAUACAGAUGGGGAAUUUCGUAAAUCUGUUACGAGUUCAGCAUGCACUAAGACUAUUUUAGAAAAUCUGGAUCUUUCUGUGCCAUUUCAAAUCAGCGUUCAGACUGUUGGUUCUUCUGGUUUGGUUUCUGAGAAGACAAAUGUUCAGUUUAGUUGUCCUUUAACAAAAAAGGAAGCUUCACCAUUUGCCUUUAGUGAUUACCCUGAAGACCAAAAGCCUGGUGCCAGCUCCCAUGAGGUGAAUGGAAGGCAAGGUUUAGCUCCAUUGUCUUUCUUGAAGAAAUUAAUUUUGGAUGACCAAAGAAACUAAAGAAAAUACAGUGAAGGUACAGCACUCAAGGGAAGAACGAAUCAGACAAGAAAAGAAAAAGCAAUGCAGUGCUGAAGGUGUCACAAAGGGUGUGUCUAGUCUGGAAGCCUCCAUAGCUGCUUUGCUAAGGAAAAAGCUAAGAAGCCACAAUGACUUACUGACCCUCAUCCUUCACUGGAAGUUGGUGAUGCAAUCCAAUCAAAUAUAAAUCUUUUACAGAAUCUUAAUAUUGUAAUGUAUUUUUAGGAAAUUCUCAUGUUUUGCUCAAAUCCCAACCUUUGGAUGCCUACAUAUGUGGUUAUAGGGAUCUUGCAUAUAUGAGGGUCAUAUGGGACCUCAAUCCCACUGGUUUUUAUGGGAGGUCAGGGUGUGUAGCACCUCUCAGGAUAUGGCGGUAGAUGGACUCAUUUUUCAAGGUGCCGAGUGCCUUCAACAUCCACUGGAGUAAGUGUCAUACUCAUCCCAGACCUAUAGGCACUGAGAAGUUGGAAGAAUUGUGUACUAUGGCCUUAAUUCAGUAUAGCACAUAAGCACAUAUUUACCUUCAAUCCUGUGAGCAGUCCCUUUGAACUUGAGUUGGAUUACUCAUGUGCUUAUAUGCUUUGCUGAACCAGGUCCUGUGUGUGCACCCACAAAAUGGUAACAAUGCAUGCAGAACACACACUGAUGCGUCCAAAAUGGGUAAGCACAUAUUAUUGUAUCUAUCUGCACAUGCAGAUAUGUUGGAUGUACUUGCACACAUGAGACUGUGUAAGGGUACAUAUGAGUGUUUACAGUCCUACUUCAAUGGCUUAUGCAUACUUCUGUUGAAGUCAAUAGCAAAACUCCCAUUGACUUGAAUGGGAGCAAAAUUAGGUACUAAUUUACGUAACUUCCCCCUUGUUGUGUAAUGCACUGUCAGUUUUGAUAACUAUUUUGAAAUCUUUCAUUUAUUUUAUUUUAAUUGAGCUAACCUUUAGAAUGUGCUGAUCUCUACAGGGGUUAGUCUCCCAGUAAUUUCGGAAAUUCUUUGAAGGGAGGUACAAGGCUAAUAAAAUAAGUAAACCCAUCUCAGAUUAAUUUCAUGUGCAUUUUUAGAUUAUGGUUAGCAAGAGAUGACAAGUUGGCAUGGCAACAUUAGAAGCUUAACGACUCAUAAGCGCUCUUAAAAUAAAUUGGUGUCAUAUGUGGGUUUCUUGCCAUUAGCAUACUCUACCACCUGAAGAGAAGCAACACAUAUAUUAUUUGCAAAACAUGCAUAUAAUUAGACCCUAGUUCUUAUUUUUGAAUGAAGUGUUAAACUAAGACAUCGUUUCCUGGCAUUUAUGACCAGUCUCCCACUAUGAAAUAUAAAUGUUGAUAAUGAACUUGUCCAUUUUUUAGUGUCUCGGGCCUUAAGCCAUUCACUUCACGUAAAAAAUGAUUGUGCUAUGUUUCUUUUGUGGCAUAUGCCACGUUCACCUCUCUUAAAUUGUACACCUCCUAAUAUCAAAAUUGUCUUCCAGUAUUAUAAAAGACUAUUCGCUCAUUAAACUAGUAGGUGGGUGGAUUCAUUCUGUGUGUCAGAAGAUUUGGAAUUUAAAUCUCAUCUUUAAUGCAAAUGAUGAUGAUAAAGCAGCAAAGCUAUGAAUGUGAGUUUGUGGGUUGUGGUUAGACCAGGCAGGGAGCAUAAUGAUUAAUUUCCAGUUUCCUUGUGGAGAGCAGAAAAAAACGGUGUCUAGUUAUUAUAGAAUCUGUUCAGUUUGAAAUGCGUUCACUAAGCAAACUUUGUACAGGACAAAGGAACUAUUUUUGCUUCUCUCUCUAGUAGGCUGACCUGCUAAAUUCAAACAGAAUAAAAUGGAACAGCUACUGAUUACCUGUAUUUGACAAGGUGCUGCUUUUCUUGUGUAUGGUAAACUGCUUCUCAAAAUGUAAAACUGGGCAUUUUGGUUGGCUUGAUUUAUAUGCACAAUAUUUUUCUGACCAAAUUAAUUGCAAUUAAUGUUAAGAUGCUGCUACUAAGUCCUCCUAUGUAAAUAUACCCCUUUGCUCUCACUUUGAACAAAAUACACAGAUUGACACAGGACAUUUUUACAUAUAAAAUAUGGUUUAUUUCUUAAUUCACUUAUUACCAUACACUCUACUGUGCAGAGCAUUACAAGACGUUAAAAAUAUAUCUCAUGACAUAUUUCUAACCAACCAAUGGUCCUUAUAUCACCUUAGAAAAUUGAAUUCUGUUAUUUGCACCAACACAGUUGACAGAUGCUGGAAGUAUAGUGAUUGAAUCACUGAAUGAUAAUUAUGUUAAAUGUAUGCUAAUACAAUUGGCUAAGAAAUAUUUUAUGCACACAAUAUAAUUCUCAAAAUAACCCUCCUAUUCAGGCAGCAUUGAUAUUUGUCUGUAGCCUUUAAAAAGUGGAAAUUCUCAUCCAUAUUUCAUAAAUCUACCUGUCUUUCUAGUAUAUAGAUGAAGGAUUUUAGUAUUUUGAAUUUGCAUUGGUGGGAAAAACAAGUGCAUGUUGGCUUUUGCAGCUAAUCCUUUGGAAAUCAUUUAGUGCCUUAAGGAGCCAGAGGGGGAAGAGACUUUGGGAUUACAGUAUAGUAACUUGUGCAGACCUCUUUCCUGCUUCAGCGGAAUUCCUUUAAGACAUAUUGUGCCUUGGACUCCAAACAUAUUUGCAUUAGAAAUCAGUAGCCAUGGUAUUAUGGGCAGGAAUUUUUGUCCCUUUACAUAUCCUAGGUUAUAAAAUCUAUUGCUGUUUCCAAAAUAGGAUACAAAACUAAAACAUCAAAUUCAAAUUCUACCAUUCGAAUCCAUGCUAUCAGUCAUUAUCAGCAAACUAGGAAUGUUAAAGUUGGAGUCAAACCAACAAAGCAAGUUCAGCUUAGCUCUGAUGUGCUGCAUAAAUCCUGGUUCCAUUGAAGUCCAUGGUAAAACUCCCAUUGAUUUCAAUGGGGCCAAGAUUUCACCCUGUCUUUUACUUGUGCAGCACAUAUGAUAUAUAAAUAUCAUACACUCAUCAUCACUGCCUAUGCACAGCAGGGGGACAACAUGGUCAGAGGAGAAGGGAGCUAAGGAGAGUAUGGAGGCUUGACUUGAUUUAGAGUUGUUACUGUCUGUGGUGUAAAUCUGUGCUCAUUAUUGUUUUACUAUGUCACAUGGAUUCUUGCUAUGUUAAUAUGAUAUGUAAAUGUAAAAUGCAAUGAAAGGGGUAACUGUACAUGUGCAGCGUCUGAUUUCCAAAUAUAAAUAUGUCAGCAUCUGAACUGUUGAGAUUUGUUUUUCUAUGUUGAGAGAGAUUAAUUUAUAUUAGGUGGAAUUCACUCCUCUGCAGAGAGCCUACACAAGGCCCUAGACACCACUAAUUUAGAGUUUUAAAUGGAUCUUAAGUGGUCUUAUGUGGGGUGAAUUUCUCUUAUUAUGAAUGAAGGGUUUGGCAAUGAUGGAUAUAGACAUGAAAAAAAUAAAGCCCUCCAACAUUGUCAUCUUCUGAAAUGCAUCCGAUGAAGUGAGCUGUAGCUCACGAAAGCUUAUGCUCAAAUAAAUUUGUUAGUCUCUAAGGUGCCACAAGUACUCCUUUUCUUUUUGCGAAUACAGACUAACACGGCU